AUGGCAGUCAAUAUUUUACUGGCACCUGAAUCACCUUCUUCUGAUCCUGCACAAUCUGAUCGUGUUAAACGUCCAAUGAAUGCAUUCCUCGUUUGGUCUAAAUAUGUCAGAAAGGAACAUUCUCAAAAACUAAUUUAUAAUCAAACAAUUGAUCAUGCACAAUUAAGCAAAGAAUUGGGAUCGAAAUGGAAAACAAUGCCCAAAGAAGAAAAACAACCGUUUUAUGAUAUAGCUGAACAUUUACGUGCACAACACAAACUGGAUUAUCCAAAUUAUCGAUAUCAACCAAAAAGGAUAAAAAAAUGCGCUCGUACACAUCCGUAUGAUGCAGAACAAUCAUCUGUUCUUUUACCACCGGUUCAAACUCAACCACCAUCACAUCCCUAUUUUCAAGUCUAUCCAGUUAGUUUACAAGAUUAUUCGUCACCAGAAUUAUCAACGUUAGAACAACGAUUAAAAGAUAGUUUACAAUCAAUAAAUCAAUCAAUAAUUCCUUAUAUUCAAAAUUAUCCAAUUAUUAUUGCACCAAAUUUAGAGGCAUCAAUAUCAACACCAUCCGCACAAAAAAUAGUACUUCAUCGUCCAUCAUCUCCUCGACUAACACGUAUUCAAAUAAUUCGAAAUCAAGAUCGUCUUGUACAACAACAACAACAAUCUCAAAAUUGUGUAGGAAUCGAUCAAACAUAUAAUUUAUAUGGAAAUGAACUUGUGCCUAUUUCACCAGUCGAUAAUUCUAAUUUUGUAUAUAAUGAGUCAUCGAUACAAUUGUCACCACCAGUAUCAAAUUAUCCACCAACACCUUGUUCAACUGGUCAAUUUUCACCUUAUGUUGAACAAAAACCUGAUUUUUUAACUUCAAACAAUAAUAUUUAUGAUAACUUAGCAAAUGUUUUAGAUUGGCCACCAAUGGCUGGAACAGAAAUUACUCCAACAUGGUUGUCAAAUGAUGAUUAUUCUUAUAAUACGCCAUUGAGUGGACAAGAAGAUCAAGAGGACUAUUUAUCAUUUCUCAAUUUAUGA